GCUUGUGGAGACAGGAGCAGAGGGUUUGGGUUGGUUUGGUUUUUUUCCCACCCUCUUCUCCUGAAUGUAAAGUUAUGCAAAGCCCAGAGCCAGACGGGAUCCUCCAAAGGGCUGGGCAAAGGACCUGGUAAAAAACCAGCCCACCCUAGAAACCUCCUGGGCUUGGCUAUCUGCUGCAAGAUGGAUGCUGGCGGAGACCAGAGCUGCUGAUGGGAAGGUGACCUAGAGGGGGGAAGGAAACUAUGCUGCGUCCCCUUGGAAAGGCUGCAGCCGGACACGCUGUCGCCUCUUCCUUGGCUGUCUGAGAAGUUACCCACCCCACCCCCACGCUCCUUCCUUGGUGAGCUCGGUGCUGGGCUGCGGAGCCAGGGAAGCGACAGGGGCUCAGUGCCGCAUGGCUCUCUAGGCUGUGUCGGGGUUUCGGCGAGUCAUUGGCGAUGCCUGGGAAGAGCCGGGGAUCUUUUUGCAUGGAGCAGCUCUCCGUCUGCCUACUCCUGAGUGCUUGCAGCUGCUGGUGGAACCCAGCUGGCUCGGCUAAACCGAAGGGCCAGGGGCAUCCGCACAUGAACUCCAUCCGCAUUGACGGGGACAUCACUUUGGGAGGCCUCUUCCCGGUGCACGGCCGGGGGGCCGAGGGCAAGGCCUGCGGUGAGCUGAAGAAAGAGAAGGGCAUUCACCGGCUGGAGGCUAUGCUCUUCGCCCUGGAUCGCAUCAACAACGACCCUGACCUGCUCCCAAACAUCACCCUGGGCGCACGCAUCCUGGACACCUGCUCCCGGGACACCCACGCCUUGGAGCAGUCGCUGACCUUCGUCCAGGCCUUGAUUGAGAAGGACAGCACUGAGGUGCGGUGCAUCAACGGCGGGCCCCCUAUCAUCACCAAGCCGGAGCGCGUGGUGGGGGUCAUCGGUGCCUCCGGCAGCUCCGUCUCCAUCAUGGUGGCCAACAUCCUGCGCCUCUUCAAGAUACCCCAGAUAAGCUACGCUUCCACUGCCCCCGACCUGAGUGACAACAGCCGGUACGACUUCUUCUCUCGCGUCGUGCCCUCUGACACCUACCAGGCCCAAGCCAUGGUGGACAUUGUCAAGGAGCUCAAGUGGAAUUACGUCUCCACCUUAGCCUCUGAAGGAAGCUACGGCGAGAGCGGGGUGGAGGCCUUCAUCCAGAAGUGCAGAGAGGACGGGGGAGUGUGCGUGGCCCAGUCGGUCAAGAUCCCUCGGGAGCCCAAGGCGGGCGAGUUUGAUAAGAUCAUUCGCCGUCUCCUGGAGACCUCCCACGCUCGGGCCGUCAUCAUCUUUGCCAACGAGGACGAUAUCAGGAGGGUGCUGGAGGCAGCGAAGAAGGCCAACCAGACCGGGCACUUCAUCUGGAUGGGCUCAGACAGCUGGGGCUCCAAAAUCUCCCCUGUGCUGCACCUAGAGGAGGUGGCCGAGGGAUCUGUCACCAUCCUGCCCAAGCGCGUGUCUGUCAAAGGCUUUGACCGCUACUUCUCCAGCCGGACGUUGGACAAUAACCGGCGGAACAUCUGGUUUGCUGAGUUCUGGGAGGACAACUUCCACUGCAAGCUGAGCCGGCAUGCGCUGAAGAAGGGCAGCAACAUCAAGAAGUGCACAAAUCGCGAGCGGAUCGGCCAGGACUCCUCGUACGAGCAGGAGGGGAAGGUGCAGUUCGUCAUCGACGCCGUGUACGCCAUGGGCCACGCCUUGCACAACAUGCACAAGAGCUUGUGUCCCGGCAAGGUCGGCCUUUGCCCCAGGAUGGACCCGGUGGACGGUGUGGAGCUGCUCAAGUACAUCCGCAACGUCAACUUCUCAGGCAUUGCUGGGACUCCGGUGACAUUUAACGAGAAUGGAGAUUCACCUGGCCGUUAUGACAUCUACCAAUACCAGAUCAAAAACUCCACCCCGGAGUACAAAGUCAUUGGGCAAUGGACCGAUCACCUGCACUUAAAAGGUGAGAGGAAGAAGCUGGUGAAGGGCAUCCCAUGCUGCUGGCACUGCGAGCGCUGCGACGGCUACCAGUACCAGCUGGACGAGUUCCACUGCAAGAUGUGCCGCUUCAACGAGCGCCCCAACGAGAACCACACGGGCUGCGUGCCCAUCCCCAUCGUCAAGCUGGAGUGGAGCUCGCCCUGGGCCGUGGUGCCCGUCUUCAUCGCCAUCGUGGGCAUCAUCGCCACCCUCUUCGUGGUGGUGACCUUCGUGCGCUACAACGACACGCCCAUCGUCAAGGCCUCGGGGCGGGAGCUCAGCUACGUGCUGCUGACGGGCAUCUUCCUCUGCUACGCCACCACCUUCCUGAUGAUCGCCGAGCCCGACAUGGGCACCUGCUCGUUGCGGCGCAUCUUCCUGGGGCUGGGCAUGAGCAUCAGCUACGCCGCCCUGCUCACCAAGACCAACCGCAUCUACCGCAUCUUCGAGCAGGGCAAGAAGUCGGUCAGCGCCCCCCGCUUCAUCAGCCCCGCCUCCCAGCUGGUCAUCACCUUCAGCCUCAUCUCCCUGCAGCUGAUGGGCGUCUGCAUCUGGUUCAUCGUGGACCCGUCUCACUCCAUCAUUGACUAUGAGGACCAGCGGACUACGGACCCCCUCUUUGCCCGGGGGAUCCUCAAGUGUGACAUUUCCGACCUGUCCCUCAUCUGUUUGCUCGGGUACAGCAUGCUCCUCAUGGUGACGUGCACUGUGUAUGCGAUUAAGACCCGGGGGGUUCCGGAGACCUUUAACGAAGCCAAACCCAUCGGGUUCACCAUGUACACGACCUGCAUCGUCUGGUUAGCCUUCAUCCCCAUAUUUUUUGGGACGUCACAGUCGGCGGAAAAGAUGUACAUCCAGACCACGACGCUGACCAUCUCGGUGAGCCUCAGCGCCUCGGUCUCGCUGGGCAUGCUCUACAUGCCCAAGGUGUACAUCAUCCUCUUCCACCCGGAGCAGAACGUCCCCAAGCGCAAACGCAGCCUCAAGGCGGUGGUGACGGCCGCCACCAUGUCCAACAAAUUCACUCAGAAGGGAAGUUUCCGACCCAACGGAGAAGCCAAAUCGGAACUGUGUGAAAAUCUUGAAACACAAGCUCUGGCUACCAAACAGACUUAUGUCAGCUACAGCAACCAUGCAAUUUAACUCCAGCUGAUCCAAACCACCCCGGGCAGGGAUGCUGAGGAGGAGGAGGAGAAGCUGGAGGCUUGAGUAGAAUUGCUCAUCACCGGAAGGAUGGGGGGUGGGGAAGUUGGAUCCGAUUAGAAGGGGGCAUCAGAGGUCCCUAAUUCUAGUGGCUAGGCUGGUGGAGGAUGCUGCUUCUGAAGACGGCCACUAAUGUCAGCAAAAAACCAACCAACCAACCAACAUCAAAACACAGAGGAGGAAGAGGAACAACCGAGCAGGGUGCACGUACAGUGGGGCAGAGGCGACAGACUUUAAUAAAUCUUUUGGAGGAUUUUUUUCUGUAUCUUGGACAACAAAAAUAAAUGGCAGAUAUCUUUUUCCUUUCCCACAAUUUGUGAGAUCGUUUGUGGUUGUGAAGAAUCUUUCGCUUUCUCUCUCUCUCUCUCUCUUUAUUUUGUUCAUUUCCCAUUUUUCUUUUGUUCUUGUCUUCCUCUGCCUCUCUUCCACUUUCUCUCUCUCUCCUACCAAAUUCUAUGUGUUGCAAAAAAAAAAAAAAGAAAAGAAAAAAAUAGUUUUUUUUAAAAAAAAAAAAUAAACACAACAAAAACUAACAUAAAACCUAGACUGUGUUCAAAGUGCUGAUUUCUCUAGGUGGUACAAUUAAUGUAUGUGAUGACCAUAUGGAUUGAAUUGUCUGCUUUAUGUACUGACCAAUCAAAAACAAAACAAACAAACAAAAAAGAACAAAAAAAAACCCAACAAAGUUCAGUGCCUGGAUGUUUAUGAAUUAUUGGAUGAAAUGUGUAGAGCAUGAUCAUUUUUUUACGACGAUCUUUCUAAUAAAAGACCAUGG